UGCAGAAAUUAUCAUGGAGAGCCGGCAAGGAAAGAGUGGCUGAAGUAACCAAGUUAUUCAAGCCUCAGACUCAAUCUCCUUUCUUUGCAGUUUGUAUGCGAGAUACCUAUCUAACUUACCCAUAUCUGCAUAUUCCCUACAACUUCGCCGAUAAACAUCUAAGGAAGACCAUAAAGAAUGUCAUGGUUCGAAAUUCAGAGGACAAAGUGUGGAUGCUUGGAUACUGGAACGGAGAUUCUUCAGCACAGUUAUGUUCCGGUUGGACUUCUCUUAGACGAGAUUUAGGUCUGACAGAAGGUGAUGUUUGUGUUUUUGAGCUGCUUAAGGGAAAAGAUACAGAAAUGAGAGUUUCUGUUUUCAGGGAGAUUGACAAUGUGCUCACCAGGAUAUGAUCGGGGUACAAAAAGGUGCCAUGCUUAUGUUUUAGUUUAUUCUAUGGAAGUACUAAUGUAUGGUAGUUUCAAUUGCUGUCAUGAUUUAGCUAUUAAUCCCGGCACUGUUUUGCAUCUCACCGAAUUCAGCUGAAAGUUUAACUCCCAGUAACUUGUGCGGGUGUUAUGCCUAUUGCUGCCUGGAUCUAUAUGCUACAAUUGAUUCAGCGUCAUGUUUCUAUGUUUUUAAUAGCUCUUUGUUUCUGACCCUCUUUUGAACCUUCUGUCAGAAGAGAUGGAUGAUAUCAUAAUAGGAAUUACAAAAUAAAAUGAACAACGCUUCUGCACUUGCUCCAAAAAUGGCGUUUUUUUUUCAGACGUAGCAGGCCGAGGUUGAGCCAUAGAAUAGACAAAUGAAGAUGUAUAAA